AAUCAUUUUUCUAAUGUAAUUAUAAUAUUACAAUAAAAGAUUAUUAUAAAUGAAGUCAUAUACAUACAGCGCUAUUGCAUCAAAUACAAACCAACCCACAUAAUUUUUUUUCUCUAUGAUUUCACAAUAAAUAAGACUCGGAAUCAUAGAGUUAAUUACAAGAAGAAAAAAAAAAUUAUGGAUCCAAAACAGUUUCAAAUUGAAACAAAUUCGGAUCCUAACCCAUCAACUGAUGUUUAUCAUCUUGCUCUGGAUAUUGGAGGAUCUCUUGCCAAGCUAGUAUACUUCACAAAAGAUGAUCAUUUUGUGGACGGCGAAGCGGAGAUAUCUCCUAGAAAGACAUCAGAUAAAUCCAAAGACAAUAGUAGGAACCAUCCUGUUAUUAAAGGAAGGCUCAAUUUUAAGAAAUUUGAAACAAGCAAGAUAAAUGAUUGUAUAGAUUUUAUCAAGACCAUGAAACUUCAUCUUGGAGGUAGUCAGCAGCAAGAAAAUCCUGGAAGUCAGCCAAUAUCGAUUAAGGCAACAGGUGGUGGUUCAUACAAAUAUGCAGACCUCUUCAAGGAAAGGCUAGGGAUAAUUCUUGACAAGGAAGAUGAAAUGGAUUGUCUUGUUGCAGGAUCAAAUUUUCUUCUCGAGGUAGUUGACCGAGAAGCUUUUACCUAUAUGAAUGAUCAAAGGCAAUUUAUGCAGAUAGACCAAAAUGAUCUGUAUCCCUAUCUUCUCGUUAAUAUUGGGUCUGGUGUUGGCAUGAUCAAGGUGGAAGGAGAUGGAAAGUUUGAGCGAGUUAGUGGAACAAGUAUAGGUGGAGGCACUUUCUGGGGUUUAGGAAAGCUUUUAACUAAAUGCAAGAGUUUUGAUGAAUUGCUGGAAUUAAGUUACCAGGGCAACAACAGAGCGGUAGAUAUGCUUGUCGGAGAUAUUUAUGGUGGAAUGGACUAUGCAAAGAUUGGUCUUUCAUCAACAGCAAUAGCCUCUAGUUUUGGAAAGGCAAUGUCUGAUAGUAAGGAGCGUGAAGAUUACAAACCCGAAGAUAUUGCUCGAUCUCUUCUAAGAAUGAUUUCAAAUAAUAUUGGACAGAUAUCUUACUUAAAUGCCCUUCGAUUUGGGCUGAAGAGGAUAUUUUUUGGUGGAUUUUUUAUUCGGAGGCAUCCUUUUACAAUGGAUACACUAUCUGUUGCUGUUAAUUUCUGGUCUAAAGGUGAAGCAAAAGCAAUGUUCUUGCGACAUGAAGGGUUUCUUGGAGCUGUGGGUGCCUUCAUGAGUUCUGAUAAACAUGGCCUCAAGGAAUUAUUGGUCAAACAAGAGACCCAACAAAUUCCCACCAAGUUAUCCUUUGCUGUUGAUAAAAUGCAUUGGCCACUAGAUGGGGAGUUAAAUGGGGAGGAAAGUAUAGAAUGUAAUGUCUAUGUAACUUAGAUGAAGCAAUUGGUUGCUUCUUGCAUGAUUUGUAGUUGUAACUGAAUUCGAUCAUGCAAAAUAGUUGAAAGUAAUAAUUAUAGCAUCAGAUGAUUCAGAGUGACUUAGAAUUGAAAACAAUAAUGAAAAUCAGAAUGUAUUAUAUUGUUCAGCAACUAAUGAUUUUUAUGAACUCAA